GUCAGUCGGGAGCUUGAUUCGUACCAAUUUUUCGUGUUUUGUCAUUUCUUUCGAUAUAAGACGAACAUGUACAUCCAGAUCGUCAUUGUUAGUAUUUCACUCUUGUUUCUUCAACAUGCAAUUCGCAUUGCGUACAUCAUGGGAUAUCAUGUGACAGUGCACAAUCACACCCCUGGACGAUGUUCAGUUGUUCCUGGAGUAGACCAUGGAGCUGAAGAUAUGGAAACCCUGGCUGAUGGUAGAGCCUUCAUUACCUCGGGAUUUCAAUGGCCGUUAUCUUCAAAACAUUUCAAACAGCUGUAUAAGGAUCAAGGUCGAAAGGGGAAGGUACUCUUGUUUGACUUCAAUAAGCCAGAAAGCGGAGUUACGGAACUUGCCAUGGACCCACAGUUUGAUGGGGAAAAUUUCCAUCCACAUGGAAUUAGCGUACUCCAGGAUCCAGACUCAGGGAAAAUUUUCCUGUUCAUUGUGAACCACCCGGAAGGAAAAGAUACAGUUGAGAAAUUUGAAUUUAUCCAAGAAAAACUGGCUCUUGAACAUAUUGAGACCUUCUCUGAUUCAACAUUUAGAGUGUUAAAUGAUGUUGCAGCCACAAGCGAAAACAGUUUUUAUGUCACCAACUAUGUACACAGUAAAUCAUCCUCCCUCUCAUUCAUUGAAAUAAUCCUCCUUCUACCCUGGGGAAGCGUGGUGUAUUACGAUGGUGCCAACUACAAUGUUGUUGCUGACAGCUUGGUCAUACCCAAUGGAAUCUUGCUGUCAAAAGAUAAAAGGUAUGUUUACUUGGCGAAUAACUUUUUUGCAUCAAUCAGCAUUUUUGAAAGAGAUGAGGAUGAUAGACUCACAAUAUUACAGGAGUUCCCCAUACAUUCCUACCCAGACAACUUGUCACUGGAACCGAAGACAGGAAACCUUCUGAUUGGUUCCAUACCUGUCGUUCAUAUGAUGAUCAAACAUAUGGACGCUCCGGAUGUAGAUAUGGCGCCCAGCAAGGUGCUGUAUAUACACAUGGACAAUGCCACCACAGUGGGAGAGAUUACAGACCUGUACACUAACGACGGUCGACAAAUAUCCGGGUGCUCUUCAGCGACAAUUUACGACAACAAAAUGUUGAUGGGUUCGGUUAUUGAUAGACUGGUGUACUGUGAUGUAAGGACGUUGGAAUAAUUUUUGAGAAUAAAAUGAUGAUGCUCAGUUAUCGAUGUACUUCCCUGUGUUCAGUUAAAGAUGCACUCCUACUCACAAAUAAGAUUUACCACAAUUAAUAAUAUUGUUUUAAUAUUCCAAAAUGGAUGAAUAAAUAUCAAAAACAAUGGUUUUUCUGUAGGAUACAAAGUUGAAUUUGAAAGAAAUGUGCAUAAAACACAGUAUUGCUAACUUUUGAGACUAUAGUAGAUCACGGUAAAUGAUUUAGUAUUCACUAAUCAAAUAAUAUUUUUGCGCUUUCAGCAUUAUUUAGUAAGUAAUUAAAGGUUUAUCAGUCAAAAUUGAUGUUUGUUUUACUGUGUUUGUAUUGAUUUUGAAUAAGAGUGCCACUUUAAUUUUACAAAAUAAAGGUGCUUGAAAUAACAAUCCAUUUCCUGUGUAACAUUACAAUAAGUUACCAUGUGUUUUACGGAUGUGGAGAAGGAUGUUAAUGUUUUUAUAGCUCAAAAUAAGUUGAGUAGGUAGUAUUAUACGUGUAUUUUUCAAUUUCUAUCUUGCCCAAGACAUUCCAUAAACAUGACUGCACAUUUUACACAUUAUUAGUUUGUUUGUUUUUGUUGCUUUUUUCAUGAACAUUUUCUUUUAUAUAAAGCUGCACUCUCACAGAUUGACUGUUAUGACAUUAUUAUUUUAAAUGUCUCAGAAUCAGCUUAUUUUGGCAUCAAAGCCAUGAAUGAAGUCAUAAAUUGUUAUCUCAUAAUAGAAAAACCCUCAAUUGUUUGGAAAACUGCCGAAAAUUUCAUUUUUUUAAAGUGUUAGAAAUGCUUUUAGCCAUAAAAUAACAAUUUUUGGACUCGUAUAUGAAAAACUGUGAUCUGAUCUUUUGGCAGCAGUCUUAUCUCACUGGUUUUCACAUAGUAAUACGAAAAAUGGCUCAUUCCACGCUCAUUCCACGACAAAAAUAUUGUGAGAGUGCAGCUUUAAAGUAUGAACAUAUACAAAGAAAGCAUUUUUUAUACAUACAUAUCAUAAUGUGUAUGUUAUUUCUAUUUUCUAAAGAAGGAAUAUUUGGGUUGAUUGUAUAAUCCUUAAACAUAAACGUGUAUGGUCUUAUUCUUUGUUGGGGACCCAAAGCGCAUGCUCUUGUAGCAUUAAACUGUAUAUAAGGAAUUGGUAGAUGAAAUAAAAUAUAUAAUCUCCCCUCAUAUUAAGAAAUUCUAACAUUCAUACAAUAUAACACCAGCUAUAAUGUAUCGUAGAGCAAUACAAUAUAAGACAUAAUAAGACCAAAAAACAGUCUAGCUAUAAUUAUUUACAGACCAUUUUAAGCUUAUCUUUACUUGCAUGUAUAUUGCUCAGAUCCUAUGCUGAAUGAUAUAGAGGAUCAUUAUUUGUUUCAUUGUAAGAUCGUCAUAUAUUUCACAGAGUCAGUACCAAAACCUAUAAUUUACGAGUGGCAUAGCCUUGCUUGAAAUAUUUAUUUUCGGUGUCCACCUGUUUUAAAUGGACUUGAAACAUCUUUGAAAAUCUGCUUCUCAUUGACCACAGUAGCUACAGAUAUCGGAGGCAUCGUCUAGUGUUCCUCUAUGAAGUUUGGUCAAAUGGUGACCCUGGGUUCAAAUUGGGCCAGACCUAGGGAUAACUUGUUUUUAUAUAAACUUAUAUAGUUUAAAAGAAUAGCAUUUCAUAGUGGCCCGCUACCAAAUUUUUUCAAAUUAUGUCCCUGGGGUCAAAAGUGACUCUACCCAAGGGAUCACAAGUUUGACAUAUUUGAUAUACUCAUAUAAGGAAUAAACUGUAAAAUAUUUUACUUUCUUAGCAACCACUGAAUUUAAAUGCCAUUUAAUUGUGAAGUCAUCUUUAUCAAUGUAAGCUUUAUCCUUAAUCCAUCAGUUCCAUGCUUUUUUUGUGUGUGUUGCAUUCAUGUUUGUUUUAUGAUUGUUCAGCGAUGCCUUUUUUUUGGACUGAAAAACAGACAAGCAUUGGACUUGACGUCGCAAUUCUUGUUUUGAGGCACAUAUACAAAUAGUAAGUUUAUUAAACUUUAAUGUCAAACAAACUUUAUCAAAGCACUGAACUGCUCAAAGGAUUGUGUCAUCCAAAGGGAGUUUAGCCAUUAAAAUUAUGUUCAGUGGCAUUCUUUUGGGAUUGUAGCCAACAGAUAUUCAUGUUAGACUGUUUUAUCAUAAAAGCUUACUCUCUCUCUUUUACAGGAGUAUAUUUUGGGAUUUAUUUAUCAAUUAUUUAAGUUGUAGACUGUAAAUUUAUUUUAUGUUUACAGGUAUUGACUUACAGCAUGUACAGGCAAACUACAUCGUCUUUAAAUAUUCUAAGUAAGUCACAUGACAUUAAUCUAAAUCAAGUAUAACCACAAUGUCAAAGUCACUUUACUUUUUAUAAUUGUUAAGUCUUUAAUGAGUCCUUGAUGGAUGUCAAUUUCAGAACUAUCUGAUUGAAAAAUCAAUGUUUGUAGUUAUUUACUAUAUUGUCUUGUUUCUUGUUUGUGAUUUUGUGUUCUAUGUCUUUGGUGUUUGGCGUUUGCCCAGUGCCACUUAACCGGGUUUAUAUUUAAUAAAUUAAUUAAUUAUUUAUUUUUGCUACUGAGCAUGUUUCUGUAGCUUUUUGCAUAAAUAUUCUCAUGUUAUUUGUAUACCAUGACAUUUUAAUCUCCUUUGUUCAUCAUCGUUGUCUGUGAGGGGCGUGCAGAAAUUUGACCCUUGGCUAUAACUCAUAAACUUUUCAAGACAUACAAGUGAAACUUGGUACAGAUGUUGCAAGUCGCUACAACACGCAUAUAUGUACCACUGCGCAUAUAUGUACCAAGGCGCAUAAUGUUAUUGCUGAGUUAUGACCUUUUUCCUACUACAGAAAAAAACAGACAAGUGUUGGCAUUCGCUCGGCAGGGCUUCCAUUAAAGGAAGUUUGGAAGUAUAUUACUCCCUAGAAAUGAGUUAAAACUUCCAAAAUUGAUUCCUUGGAAGUAUAAAAACUUCCAUAAUUUUGAAGAAAACUUCCAAACUAGAAUGUAUGGAAGGUCAAAAUAUCAAAACUUGUGCCAAUAUUACUUUUAUGGUAACAACUUCAAUCAGUCUGUAAGAAAAGGUUGCAAAUUACUUGAUUUUUAACAUACUAGUUAAAAAAGAGUCGAAAAAGAUAUGGUAUUCGGGAGACUUAAACUUCCACAUUUCAGUGAAAAACUUCCAAAAUUGAUGGACAGAAAGUUCAAACUUCCAGUUUUAAAUUCUUAAUGGAAGCCCUGGCUCGGUGGUGCUUAUGUGAUGUUAAGUGUUCUUGUUAUUAUUAUUUAGAAAUGGUGCUUUUGUUAAUGUUAUUUGCCUCUGCGUUUUUUUUAGCUUGUCUUUGUUUUUUCGAGGUAUUGUUGUAUCGUUGUCAUCAUCAGAGUAACCAUGCAAAUGUGUUAUUGACAUGUUAAGUGUUUUUGUGAGAUAUUCAUAUGAGAAAAAUGUUUGUUAGGCCAAAAAAAAUAUUGUUUGUUUAGGGUAACCUUCCCAAAAUUUCUAGAUAGGGUAGGUAGGGAUUUUUUAUUUUUUUUAAAUCUGUCGAAAGUUCAGAGUGUUUUCUUGCACAUGGCAGUCUUUCCUACAUAACUGUCAUUGCCUGACUUUGUUUUAUCAUAUAAACCAUACUUCUGAUUAAAAUCUGCAUUUAUCCGCCCUUCGUAACUCUCUAUUCGCUAACGAAUAUUUUUUUUGCUCAGAAACGGAAAAAAGAAAUAGUUAGGCUCGGCGCAUUUUUAUAGGUAAGGUCGGGUUACCCGAAACAGACAUAUAUUUUUUUAGGCCUUAUGAUAAUACCGUUAUGCAUAUAUAAUUUUAUCAAAUCCCAUCGCUAUAGCUCAAUAAAUAUGGAGUUUUGCCAAUAUGCCGACUUACAAAAAAAGGCAAAGUUGAAAAUAUCUUGUUUUUGCUUUUCAUUAGCAGUAAAACAUGUAUCCAGUUAUUGAUUGGUUAGAUACGGUAGCUAAAUUGAUGGUCUCAUGCUAGUCAUUUAGGGGAGCAGGACUUUUCAACCCCAAGACUUUUCAACCCCUUCUCAAAACGAAGACUUUUCAACCCUUAGACUUUUCAACCCCUAUUUUAAAGACUUUUCAACCCCUACCUGUUUGGACUUUUCAACCCCUAAAUCAAAGACUUUUCAACCCCUAGUUGAAAUAUUUUGAUAGCCAUAUUGAAGACUUUUCAACCCCUAUAUCAAAGACUUUUCAACCCCUAUUAUUUUUGUCAGACAGGUGUUGCAACAAACCUAACCAAUUGUUAUUGAAAUACAAUUAAAGAUUUGUUAGGCUUUUUUGUUACACUUUUCUCCAAAGUAUUUGAUGAAAUUUACAAAGGCUUUGCCUUAAUUUACUAAGCACUUAAUGGUUAGUGUUUUUCAAAAUAAUAUUCCGAAAAUUAACAAUGGUACGGUAAAGCAAGAUUUUGAUGCCUAGUUACCCUGAACAUGCAAUUGUUGUAUUAUUCUGAAGGAUAUUACAUAUUUCAGCGAAUUCACAUAUAUUAUGUACAAAGUUAUUACCAUAAUGAUGGCCAUGAUAUUAGAACCUUAAUUAACUGUCACUUUCAAGUUACUAUAACCUCAAAUUAAAGGUGUUAUGAAGCCCCUUAAUCCCUUAGGAAUGUAUGACCAUGUCACACAUGUUGCCCAUUAAUGAAUGUGCGACCUUCAUCUCAUUCUUUAAUUGCAUAUAUGAAAAGACAAUACAAUGUUUAUAGCAUUUUUUUUACAUAUAUACCACUUUAUAAUAGAAUGUCCUUACAUUUUUUAAACUGAGAAAUAAAAAACGUUGAUAAAAUCUUAUGUUACACUUAUGUAAUUUGAAAGCAUUUGGAACUCAAUCUAUAAUACAUUUUUAACAUCUUUGAACUCAAUGUAUACUUUUGUAUUUCUUAAACAUUGUCUGCUAAAUCUAGAUAUUUUGAAAUAUUAUGAAGAUUUUUAUUUAAGUUCAACUCAUUUUAUUGUCUUUUUUAUUGAUGACAAAAUGUUUUUAAAAAAGUGUUUAAAAAAACUAAAAGAAAAACAAACGCUGUUUCAAUUAAUUUAUGGAGCAGUACCAUGCACAUAAUAUAUUGUGUGAGGAUUUCCUCAGGGAGAUUUAUGGCUAAGUGACUAAAUAGCUAAAUGGACCGUCGAGCAUUUUUUUUUUAUUUAUUUCAAUGUAAAUAUUUAAUGAAUUAUAGUAUUAUUAUGUGUUUCAAGUAUGUAUAUUUUGUAUGUAUUACAUUUUUUUUUGUCUGUUAUAUUUUUAGUCUUAAUGUAUUCUUGAUUUUUAAAAGAUUUUCAGUUUAAGGAGGGGUUGAAAAGUCUUAGCACUUUUAGGGGUUGAAAUGACAAAGGGGUUGAAAAGUCUUUGAUUUCACAAAUGACAAAGGGGUUGAAAAGUCUUGGGGUUGAAAAGUCUGACAGCCGUCAUUUAGUAUUUCAGUUCUCCAGUUGCAAUUUCACUAUUUCUGUGCCAUUCAGUGUCAUUUCAUUGUAAUUGGAUUUAAAAUUAAUGAAUAAUUAUUGUUUUUGUGAUUUGCAUGUUUGUAAAUUGAGUCGACUUUUAAUUGUCUUCUUGGGAUUUGGGAUUAUACAGGUGAACCCCUUUGGCUGGAACUCCGAGGGACUGGCGAAAAUCCCUCGAGCCUCGGAAAAGCCGAUCGAAGCAGGAAUGCUUACAGUCAGUAUUGAUAAUAUCUGUCAUGUGUUCCCGUUCCGGAUCGAAAUAUCCGACCCGAGGGCUUGCCGAGGCUCGGAUUUUUCUAUCCGGAACGGACACACAUGAUAGAUAUUUUUUCUAGCAUACCUUAAAUUACAUUUUUUUUGCGAAGAAAAUACAUAAUCUUGAAAGCGCGUUUUUGUACAUUUCACCAAAAAGCGCGUGCGAUGAUGUUUACUGACGUCAUGACGCGCAGUAAUUUGUAUGCACUGCAUACGUCAAUAAGUUCCUUCGCUAUUAUGUCUUUUAAGGCUUAUUUUGUUUUGUUUUUAAGGAAUAUUUUGUAAAGUUAAUGUUAAUGGAACUCAUCUAUUGAAAUCUCAUUACUAUGGUUACAUUAAGUGUUUAAUAAAAGAAAUGGAAAGAAUUACGUCACAGCGCGUGACUCAUCUGGCAUGGGGGUAUGCCAGAUGGAGUUUUCCAGCACGGCUGAAAUCACCGGAAAUGCCUAUCCGGUGUGCUAGAAAAAGAAAUAAGUCCUUCACAUCCAGUUCGAGCCAAUGAGGAAUUCGAGCCAAUGAGGAAUUCGAGCCAAACGAAAUCAAGCCAACGGGGUUCGACUAUAAGUAUAAAUGUGUGCUCCAUGCUUUCAGAUUGUUAUUUGUUCUAUGCCUCUAUAUAUCUUUGUUCAUUUACAUGCUUCUAUGUGUUAAUUGUAACGUUUUACCUUCUAAUGCUAUAAUUAUUUACCAAGCAUUUGUGUCUAAUAGUAUUCCAUUUAUGAUUCAAUGGAGAAAAUAUAAUAACAUUAAAUAACACUUGCCUGCUCUUUUGCAUUUAUAUGGACCGGAAUAAAACGUCAAUGGUC